UUGUAACCGCUGUUCCGGGGAGGCCGCGUGCGAGGUGGCUCGUGGCCACAGCGCGGGGACCGAAGCCGGCCAGGCCUGAAACGCGGGGCCGCGCCAAGGUAUCAGCACCGCUGUGAGUAACGAGGCGAUCGGGAUAUACGUGAGGCCGUUAAGCAAAUAAUCCGCGCGCAGUUCUACUGAAAACUGAUGCAAUUUCCCUGAAUGGAAUUGGAGCAGUUGCAGAUGUUUUAACUGUAAAGCAACAAAGUGAGAAACUAUUCUGACAAUACGCAAGUGAAAAGCUGCUGAAGGAUGACAUCUGAAAAUAUUCUUCAAAAGGACUGGUAUGAAAUUCUUGGUGCAAGUCCAUCACACAGUAUGCAGGAGCUCAGACAAAAUUAUCAGAAACUAGUUCUAUUGUAUCACCCAGACAAACAGAAUGCAGAUGUGCCAGUGGGAGAACUUGAGGAGCGCAUACAGAGGUUCAUCGAAGUUGAUCAGGCGUGGAAAAUACUAGGGAAUGAAGAGACAAAGAAAGAGUAUGACCUGCAGCGUCGUGAAGUGACCAUGUCACAGACAUGGCCAGUUGAUGCACAAGUCCCUUUAGAAGACAUGCAUUGGGUUGCAGCUGAUCAGUGCUACAAAUACGAUUGUCGAUGCGGUGGUGAAUAUGUUCUUUCCAAAGAAGAAGUGGAAGAAAACGUAUUUCUCCUUUGUUGCAACUCUUGCUCUCUCAGCAUAGAGAUCUUGAAUGGAAGUUGAUAUCCUUCAAUUGAGUUUUCUAUUAGAACGUAUCAUCCACAGAAGCCUAGCAGCUGUCAUGCAGAAUGAAUAUUAGAAAUGCUGACUGUGAUGAAGUACUGAUUUAUGAAGCUGCCUGGCUAAAACUUAAAUGACUCCAUCAGUUGAAUUAAAACAAAAGGUUAGAAUGCAAGUCUUAGUAAUAUGGCGGCCUAACUUUUAAAUAGCCUGAGUCUGAAAUGAAAAUCCUCUCAACACUCAGUCAUUCCUAAGCAUUUGAAAGAAAAAAAUAACGUCUUCUUAAGCAGCUGGGACCAGUUUAUGUUUGUAUGAUACAUUACAGCAGUGAAGCACGCACACAUAAUGUGACUUUGUAGGAAAAUAUAUGUUUUAAGGCAGAGAAGAAGUCUUUCUAUGCUUGGGAUCAGUGUCUGAGCUGUGAACAUGGACAUUGUUGAAGUGAAUAAAGGAUGAAUAAUCUUGUUUACCUAAAUUGUAAAAUAUGUUUUAAUAUGUUUGAAGUGUUGAAUGUAUGGUUAUUCCCUGGA